ACGCAGUUUUUGCUGGAACGAUGCCAGUGAUGGCAAAUGUCAAGCUGACUACUCUUCGACCCAUUGCGAAUCAUCCGCACUAUGAGGAUGUCGGAAUUAGGAAUCGAACUAAGCUGCUGUACUCAAUGUUUAGUAAAAAGCCUAUCAAUGAGUUGCAUGAGACGCUGAAGAAGCUUGGUGUCAACUACUUCGUUUUCCAAUUAUUCAACUGUGCUCCAGACGCUGAAA